AUGGCAAACAUAUUGCUAAACGCCUAUAUAAAUGGCUCUGAGCUCCUCUGUUUUUCUCAUCAGCUCAUUCAAAAUAUAAAUUUCAUCUGCAAAAAAAAAAAUUAAAUUUUCGGUUACUUAAUUUUCAAGAUUUUCGAAAUGGCCAGUGAAUCCAGCAGUGUGCAGUCCAUCCAUGUAUUCACAGUCAAGGAUGCCAAGGGGAAUGAUAUAGAGCUAAGCAAGUACAAGGGCAAGGUCUUGUUGAUUGUCAAUGUUGCAUCUCAGUGUGGCCUCACCACUUCAAACUAUACAGAGCUAGCAGAGUUGUACCAGAAGUACAAGGACCAAGGACUAGAGAUCCUUGCAUUUCCAUGCAACCAAUUUAAUGGACAGGAGCCUGGGACUGAUGAAGAAAUCACAAAUUUUGUUUGCACUCGUUUCAAAGCUGAAUACCCUAUUUUCAGCAAGGUUGAUGUGAAUGGAUCAGAUGCUGCUCCAUUAUACAAGUACCUCAAGUCUGUCAAAGGGGAUGAAAUUGAAUGGAAUUUCGCCAAGUUCUUAGUCGAUAGAGAUGGCAAACUUGUUGAGCGUUAUGCUCCUACUACCACUCCACUUACCUUUGAGAGUGAUAUCAAGAAAGUUUUAGGAGUUGCUUGAAAACUGGGAUCGAGGCUUGAGUUUCAAUGGUGGAUUAGUAACUACUUUGUGUGAAAUAUGUGUGGAGAAUAAAGCUCGUGAUAACGAAGAUUAUAUAGAAAAUUUAGUGUUGUUGUAGUGAGGUAAUAAAGCUCGUGAUGCGAAGAUUAUAUAGAAAAUGUAUUGUUGUUGUAAUGAGGUCUGUAUCUGCUUGUUCUGUUGAGCAAGGAGUGUUCAAUGUAAUGUGUGAAUGCUAUGAGGCUAGGAGUCUUGUGAUUCGAUUUCUGUAAUACGGUUUCUGAAAUAAUGAAUAAUUAUCAAAUUAUCUAGCAA